AUGGUUAUGAGGUCACUCAAGUUUUGGGCGUCCAGCCUGCUUUACGCGACCCUUCUGAGGGAAUGCCACGCCCAACAAUCUGAUGCCAGCAUUGGCUCUGAGCUUGGUGGCCAGCUGUCAAGUGAUGCUAGCAUUUACUUCCCUGGGAGUGAUCUGUUCAAUAAUGCUACUGCGCGGUGGUCGCAGUAUGGCAAGCCGAACAUCAGUGUGGUUGUGGAGGUUGCGAACAAGUGGGAUGUUGCUAAGACGGUCAAAUAUGCCACCAAACACGAUGUACCAUUCAUUGCCAUCAACGGUGGUCAUGGAAACAUUGAUACCCUGGAAAAUGUUCACCAGGGAAUUGAGAUUUGGCUGCACAAGCUCAACUCCGUUGACAUCGCAGACGAUACAGCUACCUUUGGUGGUGGUAUCCUCUCUCAUCAGGUGAUUGAGUCCUUAUGGGCAGCCGGCAAACAGACUGUGACCGGUGUCUGUGACUGCACUGGGUUCCUCGGACCCGCUCUCGGUGGUGGCCAUGGGUACCUGCAAGGACGCCACGGCCUCAUCGCAGAUAACUUCGUUUCCUUGGAAGUCGUAACUGCUGAUGGAAAGAUUCGAACCGUGACGCGAGACGGGCCCCAGUCCGACCUGUUCUGGGCGAUGCAGGGCGCUGGCCACAACUUUGGCAUUGUGACCUCUGUCACCCAGAAGAUCUAUGACGUGCCAGGGGAUGGCGUAUGGUCCUUUGUCAAGCACACUUACACCCAAGACAAGCUGGAGCUUCUCUUCCAAUACCUCAAUAUCCUAGGAUGGGGUGGACAGCGCGUGGACGUGAUGUACUGGGCUACCAUUUCCCGCGACGCGGAGAUUGAUCCUGUCAACCCCAUAAUCGACAUCUUCGUUCUGCAGGAGGGCGUCGAAACCAUGGAUUCAACUGUAUCGCAGUCUUUACUCAACUUUGCCCCGGUGAAGACCGUGACACACUCUGGCCCGUAUGUGGACAUUUCCAAGUGGACCGAGUUCAACAUCGGAUCGCGGGCUUGUGACAAGGGUGACGAAGGCCCUCAAAUUGUCCGUUUCCCCCUCAACCUGAAGAGCUACAACUUGGAGGCUCUGCGCAGCGCAUUCAAUGCCUUCGCUGAGGAAACCGUUGCCCACCCCGACUUCGAACAUUCUACUAUCAUGCUCGAGGGGUACUCCAACCAAGGUGUCCAGGCAGUCGACGAGGCCUCCACCGCUUACGCUCACCGUGACGACACCAUCCUCGUCUCUUCUGUUAUCAUCUUCGAGAAGGAGACAGACCGGCCUGCGGCUGAGACCUUCGGUGACCGCGUGCGCGAUAUCCUCCACGAGGGAAGUGGCGAGGCUGAGAAGCAUGUGUAUGUGAACUACGCAUCUGGUGACGAGCCGCUGGAGUCUAUGUAUGGAUAUGAGCCGUGGAGACAGAGCAAGCUGUCCGCGUUGAAGAGGAAGUACGAUCCUGAGAACAGGUUCGGGUUUUAUGCGCCUAUCCCUGCGGAAGGAUUUUAA